AUGAGAACUAUAAAUGAAACAGUAACUGAAUUUAUACUUUUAGGAUUUUCUGAUAUCAAAAACCUGAAGUUACCUUUGUUUAUUAUAUUUUUAUCUAUUUACAUUUUAACUGUAAUGGGAAAUGUUGUUAUCAUUACCAUUGUCUAUAGUGAUAAACACCUACAUACACCAAUGUAUUUUUUCUUAAGUAAUUUGUCCUUCCUAGAGAUUUUAUAUACAUCUAAUAUUAUUCCAAAGAUGAUAAUUAACAUAAUUACAGAAAUACAAAGUGUGUCAUUUAUAGGGUGUAUAAUUCAGUUGUAUUUCUUUGGCUCUUUAGGUUCAACUGAGUGCUUUCUUUUAGGAGUAAUGGCUUAUGAUAGAUAUUUAGCUAUCUGUCAACCACUACACUAUCCAUUACUCAUGAGUACAAGGACAUGCAUACGUUUUUCUUUCUGUUCCUGGGCCGCUGGUUUUAUAGCCACAUUUGGGGCAAUUAUUUUGGUAUGUCAACUGCACUUCUGUGGACCUAAUAAAAUUAAACACUUUUUCUGUGACCUUCAGCCUGUCUUGAAAUUAUCUUGCAAAAAUGCAUUUACUAUGGAGACUGUAGCUGUAACUUUGGCUUCCACAAUUCUCCUGGGUUCCUGCAUUCUCACUCUUUCAUCUUAUGUUCAAAUAAUAUUUACUAUAUUACGAAUACCUUCUUCUGAAGGAAGAAAGAAAGCUUUCUCCACAUGUGGAGCACAUCUUACUGUGGUUGUCAUAUUUUAUGGGGCUAUGAUUUUCAUGUAUGUUACUCCUGUUACAGUUACCAGUUUCGAUUUUAACAAGGUUUUAGCUUUAUUAUAUACAGUAGUUACACCUUUCAUGAAUCCAUUUAUUUAUACACUAAGAAACAAAGAUGUAAAACAGGCAAUUCGAAUGGCAACCUUAAAAUGGAGUAUGUACUAG